AUAAUCAUCGCUUGUUUUGGUAUAUAUAUUUUUUUCUUUUUAAAUUAAAAUCUCCACUAGGUGGUUGUUGUUGUUGACGAAGAAGAAGAACCCAGAAAUUUACUCUUCAAUGGCUUACGUCGAAGGAGGUACGAAGAAAACGUUCGAACAUGUACCAGGUGUGGUUAAAGCGAAGCGACCAAUAUGGAGACUAAGGACGAUCAAGGAUUUCUUCUUGUCCAUCAUUAAUCUGAUACAAGUCUUCUUUAUGACCAUGUUCUCGAUGGAGAAAUCAGAUGCUUACAGGAAAGGUUCUAAGGCUAACAAGAAGUGGGAUGGUGGCGGCGGAGGUGGUGGUGGUAGCGGUGGUGGACCUCCUCGACCACCUCGUGGGGGCCUCGACAAUGUUCGUGGCUUGAAUGAUAUCCGUGGAGCUGACCACAAUUCCCUACCGGCAUGUGGCUCAUGCUGUGGCUGAGCCUUGUUCGUUGUGGAGAGCCUAAGAAUAAGCGAAGGAAUUAUAUCAUAUACAUAUUAUCUAGUCUUGAAACGAUGCUUUGUAAUUUGAGGAAGCAAUGAACGAAGAUUCUGGUGUAUUUGCAUUUGCGUGUAAUCAAGCUCUUUGUACUUAGAUGGACGUGUGAAGUUGUUCACCUCUAGUAGUUCGUAAAUUACAUCCAACCUACUUAAGAACA